AUGGGAUCAUCAAACAGAAAUAUUACAGUAACUAUGGCACCAAGUACAGAUGCAAAUGUCGUUGUAUCAGCUCGAACUUAUCAAACGGAAUUGAUGGAACAAGCCAAAUCAGAAAAUUUAGUUAUAUGUCUUCCGACUGGAAGCGGAAAAACUUAUAUUGCCGUAAUACUAAUAAAAGAAAUGUCUCAUGCGAUUCGUGAAAGCCUAAAAAAUGGUGGAAAACGAACAGUUUUUCUUGUUAAAACAGUUCAACUCGUAACUCAGCAAAGUGAAUAUAUUCUUACUCAUACAGACCUGACUGUUGGAAAAUAUUACGGUGAACUCGCAGUGGAUUUAUGGAAUAAAGAAAAAUGGGAAUAUGAACUUGAAAAUCAUCAAGUAUUAGUAUUUACUGCACAAGUAUUUCUUGAUUUAAUUGAUCAUGCUAAUUUUUCAUUGAAACAAGUUAAUCUAAUUAUUUUUGACGAAUGUCAUCAUGCAUCAGGUGAUGAUCGAUAUGCUGCACUGAUGAAUAAACACUAUGAUAAUUGCCCUGACCCACCACGUGUACUUGGUUUGACAGCAUCAAUUAGCAGUAGAAAAAUUAAACCCGACAAAUUAUUGGAUAAUGCAAAAGAAUUGGAAAAAACUUUUCGAGCUCGAAUCGAAAUUGGUUCGAGUCGAAAUGAAAUUAUUAAACAUGGUACAUCAGUUCAAGUUGAAACAAUUCUCUGUUCAAGUUAUCGAGAUGAAAUAAUGAAAAAUAAUGAAAGUUUAACGAUUCCAUUUGAAAUUCUGAAUUUCAUGUGCAGUAGCAUUGAAGGUUAUCUAUCAACAAAUAAUACUACGUAUAGAAAACUCGAAAGAGAUCUCACUGACACAAUGUUGACAACAGAUUAUCGUGGUAAUAAUAUUGCAGCUUACAAUAAGCAGUCUGCUGAUUAUACAGCAUUUAGUCAAUCUCAAUCCAUAACAAUACCACAAUUGAAAAGUUACCUUAAAAAUGUAAUAGAAGUUGGUCACGAACUUGGCUUGUAUGGUUUGUUAUUAUUUGCCAAAAUCUUACGAAAUAGAUUAAAGUCUAGUCUUGUGCGUUUAUCAAUGGCUGAUUCAUCAGCCCGUGAAAUUUUCGAUGAUAUGUUUCAACGUCUUGAAUGUCUUGUAGAGGAUAUAUUGAGAAAUCUAUGGCGACUAAAUCGACAUAAUCUUGAAAUAUUAUUUAGUCCGAAAGUUCGAAAAUUAUUCAAUCGAAUUCUUAAACAACAAAAUGAAAACAAUAAACGUAGUCGAUGCAUUGUAUUUGUUGAACGUGUAUAUACGGCGACCAUGUUAAGUCAAAUUCUAUCCAAUCUUGCAUCAUCUCAGGAACCAACAUGGGAUACUCCGUUGAAAAUAAAACAUGUUACUGGUAUAAAAGCUCUUUUUUAUGAUAAACCCAUGACAGCAAAAUAUCAACGUCAAACUAUUGAAGAAUUUCGAUCGCAAAAUCUUAAUGUUUUAAUUGCAACAGCAGUCAUCGAAGAAGGUCUCGAUAUUCCAGAUUGUGAUUUAGUAAUACGUUUUAAUAAGCCAAAUAAUUUUUCGUCUUACAUGCAGUCGAAAGGCCGGGCAAGAGCAAAACAAAAUGCAUCCUAUGUUCUUUUUAUGGACGAAUCCAAUGCCGACGAAUAUGCCCGUGAUAAAAAUGAAUAUAGUGAUUACGAAGAAAUAGAAAAGAUGAUUCAACAAGGUUUUUCACUGGACGAGAGCGAUGAUGAUCUUGCGGAUGAUCUAUCACGUAUUCCACCGUAUUGUCCGUCGAACGGUGUGAUUAUUGAUGCGACACGUGCUGCGCAAUUAAUCAUGCAAUAUUGUGGAGUUCUCGGUAACGGUCAAGUUUAUCCUCCUCGAUUUCUCUUUCAUGGUUGCUGUAGUCCAUAUACAUGUAUUUUAUCGAUGCCAGCAAAUUGUCCUAUUCGUGAUGAUAUUAAGUGCGAAAGUAGCAAGAAAAAAUUAGCAAAAUAUAAAUGUUGUUUAGAAAUGGUUAAAAAACUUCACGAACACGGUGAAUUUGAUGAUCAUUGUUUACCCAAUCGAAAUCGUACAUUACUGAAAAUUAAAAUACCCAUUGAAAAUCGAAUAUUUGAUUUAGCCGAUGAAUUAUUCGAGACAAAAUCUGAAAGUUCAUUUGAAACAUUUUCUAAACAAAUUGCAAAAUUUCCUUUGCAAAAGGAUCCUGUAUCCACCUGUUGGCAUCUUUAUCAAAUCGAUAAUCAACUUGGUUUUGUUGUACCCUCUGAAUUAAAGAAAUUGCCUAGAUUUAGUCUUUAUGAAAAUAAUAAGACAACAACAAUAGAAAUUGUGCAUCUAAAAUCGAUCGGUUAUCGGCAAUAUCAAAGUGAAUUAGAAGAUUUCUGUAAAUAUCUAUUCGAAUAUGUAUUUGAUGAUAUGAAUACAAAUACGAAUCUUAAAUUUGAUAUUGAUAAUUCAACAUUUAAAUUACUACCUUGCUUAUUAACAGAAUCAGGCGAUAUUGAUUGUAAUCGAAUGGCAAUAAUUUGCAAUCGAAGAAAUAAACAAGUUCAAAGUCAUGCUGAAUUAGUCGAUGACGAACUUUAUUAUCCCAGUCAUUUACAAGAUAAGCGAUUCUGCAUGAAUGUAUCCGAUCCGUCGCUAUUAAAACGAGCAUCGGACUCAUGGGAUCAAAAGAAGUCGUCGGAAAAUAUUAAAACUUAUGCGGAUUAUUUUGAAAAUAAAUAUCCAAAUAUUCUCGUUCGACGAGAUGAAUUUCUCGCAACAAUGAAAGGAGUUAAAAAAGCAAGAAUUAAUUAUCUAAAUGAGAUAUCAACAAAUAAUAGAAAGGAAAACAAAAAUGAUUCCGAAAGUAGCGAACCGAUCUAUUAUCCAAUUGAAGUUCUUCGUUAUGCUCCAUUGAAUCAAGUAGAUUUCGAAUUAAUCUAUAAACUGCCAAGUAUACUUGUCCGUAUUUCACAAUUGUAUCGAAUUGAAAGAUUAAGAAAAUUAUUUGCCGACAAAAUUCAAUAUUAUUCGUUAUGCGAUGCCGAUCAAAUGCCACUAGUAACGUUCAAUGAUUAUCUUCGUACGAAUACCAAUCUAUCGCUGCUGCCACUUGUUCCUUUAAGCUAUUCUAGCUCAUCAUCAUAUCAAUCAUUGUUACAGCCAUCACCUGAUAUUCUUUUUCAAGCCAUUACACGUCGUUCAGCUAGUGAAAAUACUGAUAUGGAAAAUCUUGAAAUUCUCGGUGAUUGUUUUCUAAAAUUAACAGUAUCUAUGUGUUUAUAUCAUCGCUAUCCAGAGGCGAGCGCCGGGGCGUUGACAGUCGAAAAAGCAAAACAAAUCUCGAAUAAAAAUCUUUAUCGAAUAGCUGUAAAAAAGCAGUUGAAAUCUUAUUUAAAUGUCAUGAAAAUUAAUUUUCGUGGCAAAGAUGCAAAUUGGAUUCCUCCUGGAUAUGUAAUUAAUGAAACGCCACAAUUGACAACCGAUGGUGAAUCAGUAGAUUUAAAAGGUUAUUCAACUCAAUAUGUAAAACGAAAAGCAUUUGCUGAUAUGAUCGAAGCAUUCAUUGGCGUAUUUUUAAUUUCCACAGAUUAUACCAUAACAAUGCAAUUUAUGAAAUGGUUAAGUAUUGAUGUUAUUCCAUUGGAUAAAAACAAUCAUCUAAUGGAAGUUCCAUCAAUUCUAUGCUCGUACAGUGCGAACGAUGAAAUUCGCCCUAUUGUUGAUAAAUUUUAUAAAGAACAAGCAUUUGAUGACAACGAAAAAAUUAUAAAUUAUAAUUUCAGAAACAAAGCUUAUCUUGUUGCAGCAUUUACUCAUCCAUCGAGUUUCGCCAAUCGGCUUACGAAUUGCUAUGAAAGAUUAGAAUUUUUAGGCGAUGCUGUUCUAGAUUUUCUUGUUACACGACACAUUUUUAUUACUGAUACGAAAAUUACACCAGGUCGAGUAACAGAUAUUCGACAAGAUCUAUCGAAUAACGGUCGUCUAGCGUACAUCUUAGUUGCCUAUCGUCUACAUACGAAAAUUCUGCACAAUUCACCAGACUUAUUUGGCAAAAUACAAAUGUAUGCUGGCGAUAAUGAAGUAUUUCCGAAAGAUUCAUCCAGUGAAAUUAUACUAAAUAAAGAUAUUGACCAAUGGGCGGAUUCUACGGCACCGAAAGCAUUAGCCGAUGUUUUUGAAGCGCUAGUUGGAGCAGUAUUUCUUGAUUCUGAAAAAUGCUUAAAAACUGUUUGGAAUGUUAUCGAACCUUUACUUCGGCAAUACAUUGAUCGAUCCAUAGCUAAUCCUAAUUCAAAUCCAAUUCGAGAAUUUUUUGAGAAAGGUGGAAAAGUUAUAUCAGAAUCCACUGAGACUGAUACUGAAAAAGACACAAUAAAGUCUAUUUGUAUUGUUCAAACAGCAAACGGGCGUCGAAUCGACGGCUCGGGAACAAGUAAAAAAAUGGCAAAAUACGAUGCAUGUCGAAAAGCAAUUAAAUUACUUAUGGAAUAUAAUGUGAUAGAUGAUUAA